AUGGAGGUUUUGCUUGUUGAAACAUGCCCGGAAACUACAGCAGCACUUCCAUGUCCGGCACUAACACCUGUGGAAAAUGAUGAUCGCUCUUUAGCUGCAUUCUGGUAUAAGGAUGACGAAGUGAAACCUUUCUAUAUGGUUGAUGGCCGAGCAACUCCAUCUAUUGAAAGUGGAAUACAUCGUAAGCUGUCCGAUUUGGGCUUAAGAUCUAGGUUUAAUGUCUCCAUCAUACCGGCCAUCUUAUACGUGGAUGUGGAAUCUAGAGAGGAUGCUGGCGUUUAUGUUUGCAGAGUAGACUGGUACAAAUCAUUAACAAGGACUUCAACCGUGGAAUUUAAAGUACUAGCACCCACACCAAAGCUAACUAUAUACGAAAGAGAAAAGGUGCUGACUGAUGUAGCAGGACCUUAUAAAGAAGGCUCGGAUUUGGAGCUAACUUGCGAACUGACCGGAGGGGAAUCAGGCCCACUGCAAGUUCUCUGGGCUAUCAAGGGCAACAUCGUCGACUCCACUUUUCGAGCCCUUCCGAAUGGCAGGCGAAGGAAUGAUUAUGUCAUGCGGAGCCUGGAACGGAGUCUCUGGAUGGUCGCUAUCACAUGCUUGGCGGUGAAGGAUCGCAACUCAACUGGAGAUCCCUUCCUCAUCACUUCCGUACAGCUUGAUCUGUUCUUAAAACCUCUUGGUGUCCGAAUCACACCCAAUCACGGCACUUGCAGGGAAGGCACUAUGUUGGAAGUUUAUUGUCGAACAUGGGGUUCUAAACCACCUGCAGAAAUAACAUGGUGGAUGAAAAAUUUCCGUCUCUACAAUGUGUCCGGAUAUUCUUCUGACUUCGAUUCAUCUUCUAGUAUCUUGAGCCUAUUCCCUCUUGCAUCCGAUCACGGGAAGAUCAUAACUUGUCGAGCAGAAAACACCAAGUUUCAGAACUUUAUAAUGACGGACAACAUAACUCUAAAUGUCACAUUUGCACCCAAAGUAUCUCUAUCAUUGAAAACUUACUCCACCAGCUCAAUUUCUGAAGGAGAUACCGUGGCUUUGAUGUGUAAAGUAACAGCUAACCCUCCAACAAGCUUUGUUGAAUGGUCGUUUGCAAAAGAAUCUUCUGCGGGUCCUCACCAAGAGCAUUAUCCAGUAAAUGGAUCGCAGACUCUAGUUCUGGAGCGUUUGGAAGCUUGGCAUAAAGGAAGUUACAGGUGCAGAGCCAGCAAUAGUGAAGGAACAGGACAGAGUAAUGCAUUAUGGUUAGCAGUCAGACAUCGACCUAUAUGCCGGGGCGGACAGCAAGUUUCCUAUGGUGCGUAUCCAGGCGAAACCCUAAAUAUCCGUUGUGAGGUUGAAGCUGAACCAUCUACGGUUUCUUUCCAUUGGAGUUUUGCCAAUACGCUGGUUCAUCACAACAAUGUUAGCUUUACAAGCAGAGGUUUGAAAAGCAUCGCAACGUACACACCCUCCGACGAUACUCAGUUAGGAUCUCUUUUCUGCUGGGCCAACAAUAGCGCUGGAGAACAACAUGUACCCUGUACUUUUACAGUCUUCAGACCAGCCAAACCAAACCCUCCGAAAAAUUGCCGAUCCACAAAUCGCACUCAGACCUCGUUCUUAGUGACUUGCGAAGCAGGCUAUGAUGGUGGAGCAAAUCAGCACUUCUACUUCCGAGCGAAAAUCAAAGAUUUCCGAGAGGAUGGUAUCUCUUUGAAUUCCCCUGUGCCUACUUUCACGUUGACUGGUCUGCCAUCUGGGAUUAAUUUUGAAGUAACUAUAGCAUCAGCGAACAAAGUUGGACAGAGCGAUGUGGUCACUCUAUAUACUUCAACUCUUCGAGGAAAAAGAACAGGUAAAGGACCAUGGAAAUCAAAUAGAAGCUUACUGAUCUCAUCGAUAUUGAUAUUCUCUUUUGCUAUGUUGACUCUUGUUGCUGCCGCAAUUCUUCGCCGUAGAUCCCGUCCUCUGCUGGCGUAAUAAUGAACAUCUACCGAAGAAGAAAACAGGUUGUCAUGUAAUUUUAUUUACUAUGAUAAUCUAUUUUUAGAUAAAAGUAUUACUCAGUUAUUUAAAUGUAAAUAUAAUGACUUA